CGCUCAGCCGCUGCGCUGCUAUCAAGUUGCAGCGGAGCGGAGAAACGGGAGAUCAGGCAGGCUGCAACGCAGGAGCUGAGUUCGUGUAGCUCCAAGUCAGGAGAGAGAGAGAGAGAGAGAGCUGAAGGAGCAAAGCGACUUGCUGCCAACUUCAUCUGGAGCAUGUUCCUACACUCUGCAAGGCACAGCGCCAUACGCACCGCCAACUGCCUCUGAAAGCAGAACGUUUGCAAAGAGAAAUCAAAGAAGUUGACGGCCUGGGGGGGACAAGGGAGAGAUGCUGGAUCCGGGCAUGGAGUUGUACCUGGCGGCGGCGGCGUUGCUGGUCGUGUUCGUAGCCCCGGGGCUGGGGCAGGAGAAGGACUACACGGUGCGGGAGGAGCUGCCCGAGAACGUGCUGAUCGGCAACUUGGUGCGGGACCUGAACCUCAGCGACGCCAACCUGCCGCUCGUCUUCAAGCUGGUGCACAAGACGGGAGACACGCCGCUGAUCCGGGUGGAGGACACCACGGGCGAGCUCUUCACCACCUCGCACCGCAUCGACCGGGAGAAACUCUGCGCCAACAUCUACAGCGAGACCCGCUGCUUCUACGAGGUCGAGGUGGCGGUGCUGCCCAACGAGGUCUUCAAGCUGGUCAAGAUGCGGUUCCUGAUCGAGGACAUCAACGACAACGCUCCCCUUUUCCCUUCCACCGUGAUCAACAUCUCCAUCCCCGAGAACACCGUGGUCAAUUCGCGCUACUCCAUCCCUUCAGCCGUGGACCCCGACGUGGGAGUCAACGGCAUUCAACAUUACGAGCUGCUGAAGGGGCAAAAUGUCUUCGGGCUGGACAUCAUCGAAACUCCCGAGGGCGACAAGUGGCCCCAGUUGAUCGUCCAGCAGAACUUGGACAGGGAGCAAAAGGACACCUACGUGAUGAAGAUCAAAGUGGAAGACGGUGGGGUUCCACCAAGGUCGAGCACGGCCAUCCUACAGAUCACCGUGACUGAUGUUAAUGACAAUCGCCCAGUUUUUAAGGAGAGUGAAAUUGGUGUCCACAUCCCUGAGAAUGCUCCUGUGGGCACCUCUGUGAUCCAGCUCCACGCCACCGAUGCUGACCUUGGCCCCAACGCUGUUGUCCGCUUCUUCUUCAGCAACCAGGUGUCUGUUUUGGCCAGGAGGCUUUUCACCAUUGACAGUGCCACGGGCCUGAUCACAGUAAGGCAGCCCCUGGACAGGGAAGAGUUCCCAGUUCACAAGCUGACUGUCCUGGCCAGUGAUGGCAGCUCAACCCCAUCCAGGGCAGUGGUCACUAUUAACAUCACGGACGUUAAUGAUAACGUGCCAACCAUCGAUACCAGGUACAUUAUUAACCCCGUCAACGGUACCGUCUUGCUGUCAGAAAAUGCACCACUCAAUACAAAAGUCGCACUGAUCACGGUCACAGACCAAGACUCGGAUUUAAAUGGGAAAUUAACCUGCUUCACUGACCACGAUGUCCCAUUUCGUUUGAAGCCUGUAUUUGAUAACCAGUUCUUAUUAGAAACUGCAACCCUGCUGGACUAUGAGAGCACAAGAGAAUACACUAUUAAGAUAGUGGCAUCUGAUGCCGGCAAGCCACCGUUAAAUCAAUCAGCCACUGUGGUGAUUAAACUGAAGGACGAGAAUGAUAACGCUCCUGUUUUUAAUCAGCCGGUAAUUGGGCUGUCAAUCCCUGAAAAUAACACCCCCGGUACACAGUUAACAAAAAUCAGUGCCACUGAUGCGGACAGUGGGAAGAAUGCAGAGAUCACUUACCUCCUGGGUCCCAAUGCCCCAUCCAUCUUCAGUGUGGAUCGGCGAACUGGCAUCCUGUCAGCUCUGAGAAGAUUAGACAGGGAGAAGCAGGACCGCUAUGUCUUUACGGUGCUGGCCAGGGACGGAGGCAGGCCCUCUAUACAGAGCAAUGCUACUGUGAUUGUGACUGUGUUAGAUCAAAAUGACAACAGUCCUUCCUUCACACACAGUGAAUACAAUUUCUAUGUGCCUGAAAACCUGCCUAUGUAUGGAACAGUUGGACUUAUCACAGUUACCGAUGCAGACGCAGGAGGUAAUGCAGCUGUUAGUCUUUCCAUCCUGAAUGAUAAAGGCUACUUUAUAAUUGAUCCUACCAGUGGGGUUAUCAAACCCAAUAUUACAUUUGAUAGGGAGCAGCAAAGUUCUUACACAUUUCAAGUCAAAGCUGCUGAUGGAGGUAGGCCUCAACGAACUUCAGUGGCCAAAGUGACCAUAAAUGUUGUUGAUGUAAAUGAUAACAGCCCUGUGUUUGUAUAUCCACCCUCUAACUUUUCGUAUGAACUGGUAUCGACUUCUGCUAAUCCUGGCUCUGUAGUGGGCAAAGUUUUUGCUAUAGACAAUGAUACAGGGAUGAAUGCAGAACUUCGCUACAGUAUAGUCAGUGGGAAUUCCAGAGGGCUCUUUGCCAUCGAUCCAAUGACUGGCAAUAUUACUUUGCAAGAAAAAGUGACAACAGCAGACCAUGGUUUGUACAGGCUGGUAGUGAAAGUUAUUGAUUUGGGGCAGCCAGAAUCCUUGCAUGCCAUGGCACUUGUGCAUCUGUUUGUGAAUGAAACCGUCAAUAAUUUUACAUUUGUCCAAGACCUGGUGCGAAAGAGCAUGGAGACACCUUUGGAUAAGAAUGUUGGGGGCAGUCAGAUGACCCCUCAGACCAAUGAUUACAUUAAAAUUGUUAUCGCCAUCAUAGCUGGGACCAUGACCGUCAUUCUUGUUAUUUUUGUUACUGCUUUGGUCCGAUGCCGCCACACGCCAAGACACAAAGCUGUGCAAAAGGGGAAACAGAGUGGGGAGUGGGUUUCGCCCAAUCAGGAAAACAGGCAGACUAAGAAAAAGAAGCGAAAGAAGAAGAGGUCUCCAAAGAACCUCCUUCUGAAUUUUGUUACAAUUGAGGAGUCCAAACCAGAUGACCCAGCCCAUGAGCACAUCAAUGGUACCUUAGAUCUUCCGGUGGAAUUGGAGGAUCAGACUAUGGGGAAGUAUAACUGGGCCACAACACCUACCACUUUCAAACCUGAUAGUCCAGAUCUUGGAAAACACUAUAAGUCGGCCUCGCCCCAGCCCUCCUUUCAAAUCAAACCUGAGACUCCAGUGCCAGUGAAGAAACACCACGUCAUCCAAGAGUUACCGAUGGAUAACACGUUUGUGGUUGGCUGCGACUCCCUGUCCAAGUGUUCUUCGAGCAGUUCUGACCCUUACAGCGUUUCAGAGUGCAGUUGUCAGGGUGGCUUCAAGACUGCAGGGCCAAUCCACACCAGACAGGUAAUGCAGAGAUUCUAACUGGCCCUCACAGAAAGAUCUUGUCUUGAAGAUUAAAAGCCUGAAUUGCCAUGCAUGGCUGAGGCAUUGAAAUGUAAACAGCUUGUGAUUCGGAGAGAGAAAUUAAAAUGAAAUGGCAUUUAGCUGGUGGUGACGCUAAGUUGUGUUUUGACAAUAUGGUCUCUAGGUGGCACUGUAGUACUUCCUUGGGUGUACAGAAAGCUGCAGCAGUUAUGAAGAGAAGGGCACUGCGCGUAGCUGUGGAGUAGCAAGCACAGGAAUCCUGAGAUGCGUAGUGCAGGUGCAAUGUGAGGCUGUACAAAAUCGAUCAUUUGGUUUCUGUUCAGAGACGUUGGCACCAGCAGUGAGGAAGGGAGGAACAGACCACACAUUACACAGCAAAACAGUACCCCAUUAUACCGAAGAACAAAGACAGUAAUAUAUUAAAACAAAAUUGUAAUAAAACUGCUGUGACUUGACCAUUGCCUUUCUGUUAAAUGAAUAUGCUUCUGUAAGGAAUGUUCUGUAAUUUCUAAUACGGAGAUCUGCAGAGAGGAGGGCAAAAGAGCAGCGUCUCGACUGUUUAUUAGAAUAAGUAAAUGGAAGAUCUUAACUGCUCAAACCUUGGAAUGUCAGAAUUGCAAAAGCAUGAUUAUUUGAGUUUUGAUAUUUUUAAUGUCACUGUCACCCUGCUUGCAUGUGAGAGCCUGGCGACUUAAAUUGUCCAUUUUGAAAAAAAAGUGUUGAACAUGCACGACAAAUCACAUGGUCAGCAGGCAAUAUUAUGUAUUGUUGAUGUCUUAAGAAAUUGACACUGAGUUUAUGGAGCCAGGCCUCUGGAUCCUUUCUGGGAAUGCAUUUUCAUUCAUCCUGUGCCAUUCCAAAAUGCAUACAAUUUGUGAGGAAAGGAAGAGCAAGGGUAAUUACAAACUGGGGAGUGGCUGGUAAGAUUGAAAAUUGUACCUGCACCAAAAAGUGUUGAAGUACCAGGGUGGAGAGAGCAAAGGUGGCACGGUGCUUUCAAAGCUUUCUGAUGGACAGAUGUACUGGGGGAGGAUGUAUUUGAAAACCUUUCAUGGUGACAAAAUUACUCAAAAUAAUAUGCAAAUGUUUCAGAUGAAACAGUAGCAGAACAAUGUACUAUUGAACAUUGUAUGUUUAAUGUGGCUCUCUAAAUCUUCAUUAUUCUUUCCUAUCCUGAAUUCCUUUGAGACCAGUUUAACAAUGGGAAGCAAAGGGAAUCAUAGCUGGAGCCAAAAAGCUACCAGCUAUAUAUGACUCAAUUAAUUAUUCAACUGCUUGGAGGACAAUUGCAUGUACUAUUUGUCUGAAGUAUUUCCCUGUGAAUAGCUUUUGUUUUUUGGCCAACACAAAUUAUAUCCAAUCACAAACCUGUUUAAUUUGCAGUGAUGGGCUGCUAAAAUGGGUAAUUUAUGAGCAACAUUGGUCUUGAUUUGAAGAAGAAUUCUGCUCCAGGAAUUAGAUACUCAUUUGGAGCCUAUUCAUCCAUCAAUAUGUUUGUCUCUUGGUACUAAUAAACACUUAAUUUGAAGUUAACAAUUAGUCUGUGGCUCUUCCAUCCACGUGAAUUUAAAACUACUAAUUUGCCUUCCUUAUGUGGAAUCUUUGCAAAAUGUUCACCCAAAGAGGUUGGACCAAUUUAUUAAGCCACUAGGAGUCAGUAGUUAGUUCUACCAGCUUGAAAGAUUAGAUUGUGGUUUUCUAGGAGAUUGGCUGCACAGUAAGCACGGCUACAACCUGGUUUCACAGGGAACUUGCAAUGAAACUGCUGCACCAGCCUGCCUCCCCACACCUGUGUGUUUGUUUUACAGCAUGCACACGGUUGUCCACACUGACUUUAAAGCCAAUCAUUUUGCAAAUUAUUUUUGCUACAUAGUUUAAGCUUCUCACACUUACCAAGGGAAUGUUGUGUUUAUAAAGUUAUUUGGUGGCAGGGUGACUGGUGGUGCUGAAGGGAGAGCUGAUUACUUCUUAGAUAUGUUCUGCAGGUCAUCCUUGCAUGGAGGCCCAUGCUAUUUUUUUGCUAUUUAGGAGAGAACUCUCAAAACAUAGACUUGUGCACUUUAAAGUAAAACAUAAUAUGAAUAUAUUAUGAAAUUAAAAAAAUUACCAUGCCUUGUUCCCCCAACUCAGUUAUUGACAUGACACAUAGGCUAUCCUGUAAUUAAGGAUAUAUGAUUUAACAUGAGACAUAUGUCCCUUGUAAUCCAAGGUAACAAUGGUUGCGUUAUUGUGGAUGCUGUUGGCCAGGUGGAUAAGAUCCAUCUGUUGCUGUUGCCCAGUUUGAAGAACCAAAGUGUUCAGUUCACUUCUAUUUUUGUGUCUUAUUGUUACAAUAUGUUAAGAGUUAAUAUUUAGACUUUCAUUACAUCUCAAGUAAACAUUUUUUUUCUUCUUUUGAAUCAUUACAAUGAUCGAAGAAUCAUAAGUGGGAGUAACAGAACAGGCUUGUUUUAUGAUUCUUAAUAACAUCCAUGGUUAAAUCCAGGAUGCCAUUUCCAAGCUCUGUAUUAUUUCUUUCUAUGAUAUUCCACACAGAUUUGUGGUAGUACAGAUGUUUUACCUGCAACUGUAAAUCAAAUAAGCACAAAGCAUGCAAUAAAUCAAAUGGAGCUGAAAGGUGUAGAGGUUUUGCAAGAAAUGUUCUUUUCAGAGCUGGCAGAUUCUGCUCGGGUCAUUUAAUUUUGUUCACAGAAAUGUUAUGGCUUUAUAAUAUGAUUAUAGAAUAAGUACAACAUGUCUCUCAUUUGAAGUAUCAGUGUUUAGCAGCAUAGGUGGCACAGAAUGAGUGAGUGACUUCCAUUUGCUGCAACUUAUAACACCAUGCAAGUGACCGAAGGGGGGAAAGCAGUCGGUGUUAAACCUAAAUAUGCGAGGCAGUGCUUGUUUAUUUUGAAAUAAGCUGUUCACUGUGGGUUAAUGUUAUUUCUCAAUGUACAUCAUAGAGUCUUGAUAUUGAAUUGAUUGCAGUGGAACUUCAUUAUUACAAACUCAUCUUUCUUUCAAAGAGAUAAAUCCCAGCCUAUGCAUUUUAUGCCCGUGGUAAUUUAUUGCACCAGGAAGAUCAGAGUAUGAUCUGUUGCUGCAGCACAGACUCUAAUCCCAAAGUCUGUGUUCUGGAAAAGGGGUUACAUUGCUCUAACAGUCGAUCUUUUACACCUCUACUAUGAAUUCAUAAAUCUCUAAAUUCGUAUCACUAAACUAAGACAAAUUCAGUAAUUUGCUGUAAUAAAAUGUGAAUACAUGCCCCUUACUUGGGUGAUCAAACUUGACCAUAAUACUCUCAGCCCUUGAGUAUCAUGGGAACUUGACAAGGUGCUUGAAGGCAACAAUUUGUGUAUGGUGCUUGGAAUAUCAUAUGAUUCACCAGUUAAGAGCACAAAAAUAGAUGAUAAAUUGAUCCUUUAACUGUACACUUUGUUUUAACCCUAGUCAUUGUGGAAAAUUCACUUAGGGCCCAAAUUGAUGCAGAAUGAGAUAGUCAAAAUAGUACUUGACUAUAGUUUGAGUUUGUAAUAAUAAGGUUUGACUGCACACAUGCAAAAGUUUGUAAAACGUGCAACAAUUUGCACACUUGUGUUCGUUAAUUUUUCAAUUUCAAGUAAGCUACUUGCAGUUGUACUUAUUAAAAGCAAUAGUUCAAUUCACUUAUACAAAGUGCAAUGCGGUGUAAAGCAGCUCCAUCUCUAUCUUAGUGAUAGACGUACCACUUUUCAUUUAAAUUAAAAUUCAUCUUGAUAUUUAUACAUAAUCUGUAUUUUUGGUAUGGCCUGUGUAUUUCAUUUUGUAUACAUAUGUUUAAUGUGCAAAACUCAUUUCUUCAUUAAACUUUUUUUGCAUUACACUAACACAUGAGCAGAAUUUUUGGUCUUUCGAGUCUAAGGUUUGUUCCGUUUAGUUCUUUAAAUCAACUUGUAUUUUACAGUUCUCCAUGUCAAUAAUUGAACCACUCCGAACAAGGAAUAAAAUUUCCAUGUGCAAAGAGUUGACGUGUGACCCUUGACAGUGAGCAGCUGACAUUGGAAUGCAUCAAUGUGCUUGCAUUCAU